AUGGCCUUUGUCUCUCUCUCACAAGUGAACAGUGCUGAGAACAAGGCUUAUAUAGUGGGUUUUUGGAAAUUGUUAGGCCCCGAGAUCGUGCAAGUCACAAGUGAGAAAAUCCAACUCACUCAACAGCGAAUUCGCACUGCUCAGAACUGCCAGAAAAAUUAUGCAGAUACUCAGAGACGGAACUUGGAAUUUCAAGUAGGGGAUCAUGUGUUCCUCAAGAUCUCACCAACAAGAGGAGUGAUCCGAUUCGGAAAGCGAGGAAAGCUAAACCCAUGUUACAUCGAGUCAUUCGAGAUACUAGAAAGGAUUGAUCCUGUAGCUUAUCGCCUUGCACUACCUCUUGAACUAUCCAAUGUCCACAAUGUGUUUCACGUUUCAAUGCUCCGACGGUACCUCCGAGAUCCAGAACAUGUCGUCGACUAUGAGAACCUGAAAGUUCAAGAAGAUCUCUCUUAUGAAGAAUAA